GGAACUCACACACUCACUCAACCAAAAUCCAUUUGCUUAGUUUCUCUUUGUUCUCUCAUAAUUCUCAUGGCCUCAUCAUCAUCUUCUUCCUCUUCUCUAAACUUUACAGUGCGAAGGUGCGAACCAGAGCUGGUGCCUCCUGCUAUCCCCACUCCUCAUGAAGUUAAACUACUUUCAGACAUUGAUGAUCAAGAUGGUCUGCGUUUCCACGUUCCAAUGGUACAAAUUUAUCGAAAAAAAGAAUCAAUGGCAGAGAAAGACCCAGUUCAAGUGAUUCGACAAGCACUGUCACAAACACUUGUCUUCUAUUACCCAUUUGCGGGUAGGCUCAGAGAGGGGCCUCACCGCAAAUUGAUGGUGGAUUGCACCGGAGAAGGUGUCAUGUUCAUCGAGGCUGAUGCUGACGUCACACUCGAUCAGUUCGGCGAUUCUCUUCAGCCUCCAUUCCCAUGCUACCAAGAACUGCAAUACGAAGUUCCUGGCUCACAAGAAAUUACCAACACUCCCCUUCUACUUGUACAGGUGACUCGACUCAAGUGUGGUGGUUUCUUCUUAGCCAUCCGCCUUAACCACACGAUGUGUGACGGACCCGGUUACCAACAAUUCUUGAGCGCUUGGGCCGAAAUGGCUAGAGGUGCAACCAAACCUUCCAUUGCACCAGUGUGGCGUAGGGAGCUCCUAAUGGCAAGAGACCCACCUCGCAUCACAUGCAACCAUCGCGAAUACGAACAAGUUCCAGACACAGUCAAAGGAACCGUCACACCAAACCAAGAUGACAUGGUUCAGCGGUCGUUCUUCUUUGGACCCCUCGACAUAGCUGCACUUCGGCGCUUGAUUCCCCAACACCUUCGGCACUGCACCACAUUCGAUCUCAUCACAGCAUGUUUGUGGCGCUGUCGCACAAAAGCGCUGCAGAUAGAGGCAGACGAGGAUGUCCGCAUGAUGUGCGUAGUCAACGCACGUGGUCAGUUCAAUUCCCCACUACCCGUGGGUUACUACGGCAACGGUUUUGCAUAUCCGGCGGCGGUAACCACCGCAGGGAAGCUUUGCGGAAAGCCGUUUGGGUAUGCGGUGGAGCUGAUAAAUAAAGUGAAAGGUGAGAUGACAGAAGAGUACCUGCAAUCUGUUGCAGACCUGAUGGUGAUGAAGGGACGAUGCUUAUUCACCACUGUGAGGUCUUGUAUUGUGUCACAUUUGGCACGUUUUAACAUUAGAGAAGUGGAUUUUGGGUGGGGUGAGGGUGUGUAUGCUGGAGUCGCCCAAGCUGGGGGUGGGAGCUUUCCAGGCAUUUCGUUUUUCUGUUCUGCUAAGAAUGGAAAAGGAGAAGAAGGUAUAGUAUUUCCGAUUUGUUUACCUGCUGCAGCUAUGGAGAGGUUUUCCCAAGAGUUUAACCACAUGCUACGCAACAAAAACCAACCUCAAACCACUUCUGCUACUUUAAUAAUGUCUAACCUGUAAUCAUCUGUGUUUCGUGGAAUAAUUUAGCAGAUUCUAGAGGUAGAUAUAUAUUGUGUGAUGUCAUAAUGACGUAUUCUGAAGAACAUACAUUACAUUGGUGUGUUGUGAUAAAGAUCAAUGGUAUUUGUUCGGCACUGUACUAGGUUACAUGCUGAAUGAUCCGGAUAAAAAUAGGGUUAAAUAUUUUUUU